AUGACUACCAGCAAGAUCAUUGUAGCCCCCGCCGAGGAUGCCGACAUGUCAAGAAUUUUCGACAUCACGACUCUAGCAUUCGCACGGAACGAGCCUGUAUGGGAUGCCAUGUGGCCAAACCACUGGACCGAGGAGGGAAAACGGCAAGGCGUGGAGCGAAUGCUCAAAAUCAAGAAUACCGACCCCUGCACGACAUACAUCAAAGCCGUAGAUUCCGAGACUGGGGAAAUCUUGGGAAUGGCGAAAUGGCUGGUUUUCAAUGAGAAAUUGCCGGCCUCGAGGACUUUCGAAGGCGGGACUGGUGACUAUUGGCCGGAUGAAGAAGAGGCACGAUAUGCCAAGACAAUGGCUGAAAUUUUCGUUCGAGAGCGCAAUGCGUAUAUUGAGUCUACAAAGGGGAAGAUCGUGUCGUUGGAUAUUUUGACGGUGGAUCCUGCUCAUCAAAGAAAGCAAGUUGGAGAUGCUUUGGUUAAAUGGGGCCUCGCGAAAGCAGAUGAGCUGGGCUACGAUGCUAUUGUUGAAUCUAGCGUUUAUGGUCGGAGACUAUAUGAGAAGAACGGCUACGUGUGGCAGAAAGAUGUCACGAUUCAGGUGCCAGGUUAUGAAGGCAAGCGACCUGCUGGCGGCUUUGCUUGGAUGAUUCGACCGAAGAGAACAACUGCAUGA